GGCGGUUUCCCGGAUGUUGUGGAAAACUAAGGCCUGAUUCUUCUACUACACACGUGUAAAACAUCUCUGCGCUUUUAGGAGGCUGAAAGUGUGUCUGGAUGAACAGAAGUCAUGUUUGGCUCAUCGAGAUCUGGAGGGGUGAGAGGGGGUCAGGACCAGUUCAACUGGGACGAUGUGAAAGUGGAUAAACACAGAGAGAACUAUUUGGGGAAUUCCGUCAUGGCACCGGUUGGCCGGUGGCAGAAAGGGAAGGAUUUGUCAUGGUACGCCAAAGAUAAGAAGGGCGGCGCAUCUCUGUCUAAAGAGCAGGAGAUGGCAGCGGUACGGGAGGCAGAGCACGAGGCCAUGUUAGCAGCACUGGGUCAUAAAACAAUCAAGAGACAACCAACUGGUCUUACCAAAGAGGAUCUUGCAGAUGUGUGCCGGAGGGAAGGGGAGGCGGAUGAACGGGACGUGGACAGGGUCUCUGGGCUCGGAAGCUCUAGGGCUGGACCGAGAGGAAUGGUGCUUUCCAAGCAAGAAAAAGAAGCAGUAAAAAUGGGGUUGCCAGUUUUCACGCAUCACAAAGCUGAUAGACCACAAGAAGCCAGUAAGAAUCCUGAGGAGGCCAACAAACCUGAUAAAGAGGAUAAAAGAUCUGACAGAAAAAAGAAGAGUAAAAAGGAGAAGAAAAGUAAGAAGGAGAAAAAGAAGAAGAAAGAGAAAACGAAACACAGAAGCAGAAGUGACUCUUCAGAUUCAGACUCCGAAAGCUACAGUAAAAGGCGUAGAAAAGAUCCCCGGGACCACCAUGAUCCUAAUCCAUCAAGGAGCAGUCAGAGUGGAGCCGGAGCCCGUGACAGCCAUUCAGGAGGGGGGCCAAGGGCCGAGCACAGGACCCUGACCCCCCCUCACCAGCACCGCCGCCGCCGGCACGACACGGACUCGUCCUCUGACGGACACCGCGCUGGUCGAGGCUCCCCGGCACAAAGCUACCGGCGGCGCCAUGAUAGCAGUUCAGACGACUGAUGCCCCGCUAUUGCCCCUUUAUCCACACCUUCUCACCCUGAGAAUGAAUCCGAUUGGCCCCUUUGUCAAACUCUGGACAACUUAGGCCACAAGACAGCAUAUCCAAUCUCAGGAAAUCUGUCCAAAACAUGUCUUGGGUCACAUUUCAUCAAAUUUUGGUUCAAGAAAAUGCAGCUUGUUUUAGGCUAUUAAAAUUGACCAUUAAAAUUUUUGACAUUUUCCCCCAAAAUAUUAAAGUAAAAAUGAUUAAUACACUAUUUGUUGUACUGAAUUAGAUUUCAAUUCUGAUUGAAAAAAAUUUGGAAUGACAAAAACUCAAAGUAAUGUAUUACAAUUAAAAUUGUGGGGUAAAAUUACAAUUAAAAUCAUGAAAAUAAAAUCAAUGCAAAAAAUGUUAAUAGUCCUAAAUAUAGGCUUUGAAAUCUUUUUUUUAAAUUUUUUUUAUUUUGAGGUGAAAUGUAACCUGGACGUGUUUUGAUCUUUAAUGCAUAAAGAGAGAACACCGCAGACAUGAUCAUUUUUUAUUCUUGUAUGUGCUUAAUGAAAUAAACCAUGUUUUUAUGACAAGUCGUCGUCGAAUUAUCAAUGCACCUCAAACUUUUUUGAAAAAAAGUUUUUGAAAACGAUACCAUUAUCAUCGGUGUAAAGUAAACUAUAAAAACGUGAAUUUGUGAAAGCGGUGAUGUCAUGUGCAUAUUACAUGUUUGUGUAGUUUCUUUACAGAGUGACAUCGCCACCUACUGGCUCGGCAUGCAUAAUACUGCGUUUUUAGUCGUUUUCGCAGAUCUGUGUAAACGGGGAUCAUUUUGAUGAAGUUGUCGUCUGUAUGCAAAAAA